CCACCGCCGGGGACCGCCUGCCCGCCCGCUGGGAGCUGUCCAGUGCUGAAACCCGCGCGGACAGCCAAUAGCGCCCAGCUGGCCGCCUCCCCACAACCCAGCUCCGCGCAAGUGCCCCCGCCGAGCCCCCAGCCAAUUGCACCAUGCCGCGCUCCUUCUUGGUAAAGAAGAUCAAAGGCGACGGUUUCCAGUGUAGCGGGGUGCCGGCGCCCACCUACCACCCCUUGGAGACCGCCUACGUGCUGCCUGGCGUCCGGGGGCCUUCCGGGGACAACGGUUAUGUCCCUCACUGCCUGCCCCCGAGCAGCUACGAUGCCGACCAGAAGCCCGGCCUGGAACUGGCGCCCGCUGAGCCCGUGUACCCGCCGGCGGCGGCGGAGGAGUACAGCGACCCCACGUACGCCACGUCGUCGAACCUGAGCCGCCACAAGCAGACUCACCGCAGCCUGGACAGCCAGCUGGCGCGCAAGUGCCCGACGUGCGGCAAGGCGUACGUGUCUAUGCCCGCGCUCGCCAUGCACGUGCUCACGCACAACCUGCGCCACAAGUGCGGCGUGUGCGGGAAAGCCUUCUCGCGACCCUGGCUGCUGCAGGGCCACAUGCGCUCGCACACUGGCGAGAAGCCCUUCGGCUGCGCUCACUGCGGCAAGGCCUUCGCCGAUCGCUCCAACUUGCGCGCGCACAUGCAGACGCAUUCGGCCUUCAAGCACUACCGCUGCCGCCAGUGCGACAAGAGCUUCGCCCUCAAGUCCUACCUCCACAAGCACUGCGAGGCCGCCUGCGUCAAGGGCGCCGAGCCGCCCCCACCGCCCCAUGCCGGCCCUGCCAGCUGAGCUCCCUACCCGUGUCCGCAGCGCCCUCUCCAAUCUCCAGCUGCGUUUCCCAGCCCAUUGGGACUCCCCUUCUUGGCCCCCAACUUUCCCCCCCCGCCCCUAGACCCAUAACUUCCGGCCCAUCCCACCCACCCCCUCACAUCCCAUCAGCCUUCCCGGCCACCAAUCGGACCUUGACACCCCAGUCCAUGCCUUCAAGGCUCCCAACUCAGGCACCAGGUCCGCACCUGUCCCUCCCGGGCCCCAGGGCCAGAAACACCUCCCACCCAGACCCUGCACUGCCCUUCUAACCUUCCGACUUUUCUUCUCACUUCUCAGCAGAGUCUCUGACCAUUCCUCCAUUAGCACCCAGUCUGAGGUCCAAACUUAACGCUCAAAGCCCAUGUCUGCCUCAGUUUUCCUAUCCACCUGGACGCAGGCCUGCAGGACACAAUCCAACUGCAGGCCUUCCCUGGGGCUGCUCUGGUGAGUCUCCAUUCUUAGCGUCCCCAGGCUGUCCCCUGUCCCCUGGCCUUAGGUGUCCAGCUAUUCACUCACACACAGCCCAUCAGGUCUCAUCCACUUCAGUUUUAAGGACUGCUUCACCUAUUCCCACUCCCUGCUCUCUCCAGGCUCCCUCAGCGCUCUAGCACCCCUCUGAGUUUACCUGACCUAGAGCAGACCUGAGGGACAGUUCAGGGCCCUGACCCCUACUGUAACCCCCUCACCCUAGGACAGCCCUUCCCUGGGCUCCCAGCCUGGCACUGCCCACUCCCCAGAUUCUCUGAGCACUUUCCCCCGUCCCCAGGACUACAGGUACCCCUCCUUAUUUGUGGGGGUGAGGCCUAGAGCACCUCACCAAGGCCUGUCCCCCUUAUCCAGCUAGGCCCCUCCAAUUAUUUAUUUGUGUAUUUAUUUAUCUAUUUAUUAUUCUAUUUAAUCUCUUGGCCUCACCCAGAGACAGUCUGGCUUCCCCAGCUGGACUGGGAGGUCAGGGAGCCAGGCAAGGAGAGGGGCAGCAAUGGCCAUAGUGAGCUGCCCCUCCCUUCCGGGUCUUGGGAGAUGCCUCACCCUCAUCAGCGCUUGGUGCAGAAGGGGACCUGAGAAAGGACGGGAGGGGCACCAGGAAGUCCUGUGGUGGGGCAGGUCCCCACCCUCCUGAGCCUUCUGCUCCUACUCCAGGCAGUCUGGAGACAGGAGCCUCCUCGUUUGUUUCUUAUUUCUUCCUCUUCCUGAGGGAUCCCAGGUUCCAGGGACCGACUGAGCCCCGGACCCCUCUGGGGCCUCUGGCCCGCUCCCGGGGAGCAGCGCUCUCUCCCGGUCACAUCUAUGCAACUCUCCUGGGCAGAGGGGCCGGGGCUGCCAGCCACCCGCCCAUUGGCCGCCACUACCUCCUGCGCCGCGCUUUUGCAUGCCCGGGCGAGGACCGAAGCACACACCUCCACACGCACGGGCCCUGGCCCCUCUGCUUUAAGCACAUGCCUCUGCCCCCAGCGCUGAGAGCCUUCGGCGCGGCGGCGGAGUCCUGGUCUCUCCGACCCUCCUCACUUCCUUAGCCACCAGAGAGGGUGGAGAUGGAGGAUCCCCUGCAGCAAGAGUCCUUCUCUAGGGCUUCAGAGGGGUGUGUAGAGCUUCAUCCAGCUCUGGGCCCACCGCGAAGGGAGGCUGCAGGAUGGUGGGGAGGGGGGUCGUGGAAGCAAUUUGGAGGGUGUCGACCCUGUAAAUAGAAACUUCUGACAGCAAUAAUUUUCCAUGCAUGCUAAGCCUUUGGCCAUAUUUUGUAUGAGCGCCUGGCGCUCUCCCUGCCUCCUCUUCCCCCAACUCACCCCAGUCUCCACUCCUUCCCCGCCUCCAGCAGUAUUACUUGUAACGCAAUUCAGGGAUAUUAAAGGGACUUUGGCCACUCAGCAGCGCCUCUACACCUUGUGAAUGGGAGUGGUAGAUGUGAAGAAGGGGGGGCUCUGAUAGACGGCUAGAUGUUUCCACUCUUACUGUCACCUGACCAGCCUGUAACUCCCACCAGGGUCCCUAGGCAUGCACAGUACUAGGCGUCCUAAAUCGUAGGUACUCCUCGUGUAAGGGUUCAAGAGCUAGAUUAGCAACAUCAGUAACGAAAGCCAAGUCCUUUGAGACAUUAGGGAACGGUGGAGCCUGUGAUUAAUUGGGAAGUGUCUUGCCUUAACUGCAAUUCCAAUUAACCACACCUGCCAAACAAAGGCAAUAGGGGGCCACAUGUGUCCACCGACAGCCAGUUCAUCAGCUCUGCAUCCUGCUCACAUCAUUCCCUCUGCUCCAGCCAUCUUUAGAUGCUCAUGCACAAAGUUAAUACAAGCUUGCUGAAGGCUGACUUGGGCUCAGCAGACUGCCUCUCAAGCUCAUGUGCUAUUGUCAAGAAAUGCUCAGGAAGAUGUUAGACAACCAUUCCUUCUUCCUGCCAGCUGCUUUGGUAAUCUUUCAAACCACAGAUCCGUCCUUGCAGUACUAAACACUACACUGGGGACCAAGAGCCCUGGCCAUAGACUCACCAAGAAAUAGGGCUUGCAUGUUUUCAGGAGUAGAUGCCAAGCAGGGUAGGGCAUUCUGUAGGUUGCAACCCCACCUUCCCUGGCACCUUCCUGUGAGUUUCCUGCCUUCAUAGACCGUGCCCUCAGCUUUUAGCCCUUCUCCCUGGCGCCUGGCUGCAUUUCUCGUCACACACCUCUGGGCAGAUCGCCAUCCUCAGCAGUGUUCUAGGUGUUUCCAACAAUGACGGCAGUUGUGAGCGCCCCUGCCCCAGAGUUUCCAAUAGGGUCUUGAGGACACAAGCACCUGUCACCCCCACGUUGUCUGCAACCAGCUCCAUUAUCUCUCACCUGUACCGUGGAACCAGCUUCGCACUAGCCUCCUGGGAUCCAAUCUCCUGCACCUCCCUUUCUCAACUGACUGUAGACACAAGGGUCUUUCCAAGAUCUGAUCAUGUCUCCGUCAGUUUGGGUUGCUCUAACGCAUUAACAGAGCCUGGGUGGCUAAUAAACAACAGGAACUUAUUUCUCACAGUUCUGGAGGCUGGAAGUACAUUCAGUGUUUGGUGAUUCCUGCUUCCUGGGUCACAGGCAGCUAUCUUCUCUCUGUGUCCUCAGAUGGCUGGAGAAGCAAGGGAACCCUCCAGGCACUGUUUUAUUUUUCUUUUUUCAGUAGUGCGGAUUGGACGCAGAGCCCUGCAUAUGCUGAGUGAGUGCUCUACCACUGAGCGACAUCCCCAGGCCCCCGGGUCUCUUCUGUUAGGGCACUAAUCCCAUUCAGGAGGACUCUGCCCUCAUCACCUAAUCCUUUCCCAAAGGGUCUAAUCUGAACACCAUCACAUUGAGGGUUAAGAUUUCAACAUACAGAGUUUGGAAAGAGACAAAGUUAUCCUUCUGUCUAUGGCAUUCUGCCUCUGUCUCCCCCAAAUUCACAUGCUCCUCAUAUGCAAAUAUGUUCAUUAUAUUCCCAUCGCUUCAAAAGUCCUAACUCAUUCCAGCAUCCACUCUGAAGUCUCAAAUCCAAAGUCUCAUCUAAAUGGUCUUUACAUCAGAUAUGGGUAAGACUCAAGGUCUCCUUUCAGUCGGGAAUCUAUAGAACAAGCUAUGCGCUUCCAAAAUACAAUAGUGGGACAGGCCCAAGGCAGACAUCCUCUUUCAAUAAAGAGAGACAGGAAAGAAAGAAGGAGCAACAGAUCCCAGGUAGGUCCAAGAUACAAGGCAAACUCCAGGAGAUCUUAAGGCUCAAGAAUAAUCCUUUUUGGUCAUAUAUGGUGGUUCACACCUGCAAACCCAGCUACUUGAGAGGCUGAGGGAGGAGGAUUGCAA